AUGCGGGAUGAAAUCGCAGUAGUCGUGAUUUUGAACAAGUUAUUGCAGGAGCUGACAGAAGAAGUGAAAGAAGGUGACUUCUCCAAUUUUCCGCUCUCUGAAAACACCAUCAACCUUCUCAAAGCUCGAGGUGUAAAAUACCUGUUCCCUGUGCAAGUGAAGACUUUUCAGCCCAUAUAUGAUGGCAAAGACCUAAUUGCUCAAGCUCGAACAGGAACUGGGAAAACUUUUUCUUUUGCUGUUCCGCUGAUUGAAAAACUUCAGAGUGUCUUGCAGGAUGGGAGAAGAGGCCGUGCACCAAAAGUGCUGGUUCUUGUCCCAACCAGGGAACUGGCCACUCAGGUAGCCAGAGACUUCAAGAAUCUCACCAGGAAGCUGUCGGUGGCUUGUUUUUAUGGAGGAACUCCAUAUCAAGCACAGCUUGAUCUCCUUAGAAGUGGCAUUGAUAUUCUAGUGGGAACUCCUGGACGGAUCAAAGACCACAUUCAGAAUAGCAAGCUGGAACUUUCCAGCGUGAAGCAUGUUGUUUUGGAUGAAGUUGAUCACAUGUUAGACAUGGGCUUUGCUGAACAAGUGGAAGAAAUCUUAGGAUUUGCUUAUAAAAAAGGUUCUGAGAACAACCCCCAGACACUGCUGUUUUCUGCAACUUGUCCGCGAUGGGUAUAUGAUGUGGCAAAAAAAUACAUGAAAGAUGAGUAUGAACAGAUUGACCUAAUUGGAAAGAAGACUCAAAGGACUGCCACGACUGUGGAACACUUGGCUAUACAGUGUCGCUCAUCUCAGAGAGCAGGAGUUCUUGGAGAUAUCAUUCAAGUCUACAGUGGCAGCCAUGGGCGGACCAUUGUCUUUUGUGAGACCAAAAAGGAAGCAAAUGAACUGGCUAUGAAUGCUUCGCUCAAACAGGAUGCCCAGUCAUUGCAUGGUGACAUUCCACAGAAACAGAGAGAAAUUACAUUAAAAGGCUUUAGAAAUGGUGUGUUUGAAGUUCUGAUUGCAACAAAUGUAGCUGCCCGUGGUUUGGAUAUACCUGAGGUUGACCUUGUUAUACAGUGUUCACCACCAAAAGAUGUUGAUUCCUACAUCCAUCGUUCUGGACGUACGGGUCGAGCUGGCCGGACCGGGAUCUGCAUUUGUUUAUUUCAGAGAAGAGAAGAAGAUCUUCUGAAACAAGUUGAGCACAAAGCGGGGAUUACAUUUAAGCGUGUAGGUGUUCCGUCUGCUACAGAUGUAAUUAAAGCUUCAAGUAAUAAUGCCAAAAAGUUGUUGGAGGCCAUUCCUUCUUCUGCAGUAGACUACUUCAGAAAAUCUGCUCAGGAGCUCAUAGAUGAAAAAGGGGCAGUUGCUGCCCUGGCUGCAGCUCUAGCCCAUAUUUCUGGGGCAUCUUACAUACAGCAGCGCUCCUUACUCAACUCGACUGUGGGCUUUGUGACCAUGGUGUUAAAAUGUUCAAUAGAAAUGCGUACCAUGAGCUAUGCCUGGCGAGGACUGAAAGAGCAGCUUGGUGAGGAAGUAGAUGCCAAAGUAUCUGCAAUGCGUUUCCUCAAGGGGAAGACGGGGGUGUGCUUUGAUAUCCCCGUUGGUGAACUGAGUAACAUACAGGAACAGUGGACGGACACCAGGCGCUGGCAGCUGUCCAUGGCAAAGGAAUUGCCAGAGCUGGAAGAGUACCCCCAGGAGGCGGGACGAGGGUUCUCCAGGUUUGGAAGCGGGAGGCAAGGUGAUGGCGGCUUCAAGAGAAACAACUGGGUUAAGAAUGGAAACCGGGGACGUGAUUUUAACAGGUCGCUUGAUUGA